AUGACGGACGAAAGCUUUUUCUUUAGUGAUGCCAAGACUCAUGAUAUUAAGAAGGAUUUAGAGUUUGGCCGAGUUUUAGGAAGCGGUACAUUCUCUAUCGUGAGAGAAGCAUCCCAAAAACACGACGGCAGAAAAGUAGCUGUAAAGAUUAUUGAUAAAUCUAACCUUGAAGUGAACAAGGACUCGUUGAAAACUGAAGUCAACAUCUUGAAAAGUGUCAAUGAUCAAAAUAUUGUCGAGCUCAUUGACGUGUACGAGACUCCUCAAAAAGUUUAUCUUGUCAUGGAAUUAUUGACCGGAGGAGAAUUAUUCGAUAGAAUCAAAGAUUGUGUCUCCAUCAAGUACUUGCACUCAUGCGGUAUUGUACAUAGAGAUUUGAAGCCUGAAAACUUGAUCUAUUCUUCUGACAGCAAUGACAGUGAUAUUAAGAUUACCGAUUUUGGUUUGGCAAAGAUUGCUGAUGGUGAUUUCUUAUUGAAAACCGCAUGUGGUACUCCAAACUAUGUCGCUCCAGAAGUUCUCCAAAAUACUGGUUACGACGCAUCCGUGGACAUGUGGUCUAUUGGUGUAAUUCUGUAUAUUUUAUUGUGCGGCUUCCCUCCAUUCUACAGUGAAAAUACUCCAGAAUUGUUCGAGCAAAUUAUAAACGGCGAUUAUGAUUUCCCAUCUCCUUACUGGGAUAAGGUCAGCGAUAGUGCUAAGGAUUUGAUUCGACACUUGCUUGUCGUAAAUCCAAAGAAGAGAUUCACUCCUGAUCAAACUUUGAGCCAUCCAUGGAUUAAGAAAUUGUCUACCAACAAAAAUCACAGACCAGAAAUUAUUGAUGAAUUGAGGAAGUUCAAUGCAAGACGUAAAUUCAAGAUUACAGUAGAAGCUGUAUUGGCUGCUCAAAAAUUGUUGGGUAAAUUGAAAAAUAGAAAAACUUCAACUAAAAAGCAUUAA